AAAUCGUGCUUUUCAUUUGGCUGUACACGUUUUUGCGAGAAAACCAAAAAAGAGUAAAGCGCAAAUUAGAGUUGCCCAACCACCAGCACCAAAAUCAUCUCGCCAUGUAUCCUUGUUCGUAUGAAAAUUUACCACCGUCGCCGAAGUCAUCAAACUCCAUCACCGCCCGCAUCUCGCCUCUCUAGGACGCCACCGGCCGCGGAUCAACCCCAUCACUGCUCCAUACCUACUCUCCUCUUCCAGGCCCACCGCAUCUGCACUGUUCUCCCGCAUCUCUCCAUUCUACAGUUCACUGCCCGGCGCCGCCGCGUCUCCGUUCUCCGACGCCGUGCCCCAGCUGCGAUCGAUACUCCCUAGUAUCUAGUUCCACCCACCUCUUGGUCAUCUGCCAAUUUUCAUCAGAUGAAAGAGACUAAAGGUGGGACGAGGACGGAUAGGCUACCUAAAACUCCAUCAAUGGACUCCUAUCCGCUUGUUCUAGACAUUGAUGACUUUAAGGGUGACUUUUCUUUCGAUGCACUCUUUGGAAGUUUAGUUAAUAAGCUGCUGCCUUCUUAUUUGGAAGAAGAAACAGACACUUCCGACGGACAUGGUAAUGACUCGAUGGCAAAUGGUCAUUUGCGAACUGGCUCUGAUGCUGGAAAAUGGGCUCAAGGGUUAUCAUCAAGUCCAUUGUUUCCUGAAGUAGAUGCAUUGUUAUCUUUGUUUAAGAAUUCGUGUAUGCAGUUGAUUGAUCUUAGGAAGCAGAUCGAUGGGAAGCUCAACAAUCUCAAAAAGGAAGUUGCUUCCCAAGAUUCUAAGCACCGGAAAACACUUUCUGAGUUGGAAAAAGGUGUUGAUGGCUUGUUUGACAGUUUCGCAAGGUUGGAUUCACGUAUAUCAAGUGUUGGUCAAACUGCUGCUAAGAUAGGAGACCAUCUGCAGAGUGCUGAUGCCCAGCGAGAAACUGCCACCCAAACUAUCGAUCUCAUUAAGUACUUGAUGGAGUUCAAUAGCAGUCCGGGUGACUUGAUGGAACUUUCGCCUUUAUUCUCUGAUGAUAGUCGGGUUCACCAACAAGCUUUAUUUGUAGGAACAUUUGCCGAAGAAGAUAUUGGGAGACAAGGCCUUGCAGUCUCUAUUGGGAAUGCAACCGCAAGCAGAGGUUUGGAAGUGGCAGUUGCUAAUCUCCAAGAAUAUUGCAAUGAACUAGAAAACAGACUGUUGGCCAGAUUUGAUGCAGCAUCACAGAAACGGGAAUUGUCUACAAUGGCAGAAUGUGCCAAAAUUUUGUCACAGUUCAACAGGGGUACCAGUGCUAUGCAACAUUAUGUAGGUUUACGUCCAAUGUUUGAUUUGGAGGUCAUGAAUGAAGAUGUUAAAUUAGUUCUUGGUGACCCCGGUUCUCAGCUUAGCCCUAGCAAUGUUGCUCGUGGGCUUUCCUCAUUAUACAAAGAGAUUACAGAUACUGUACGAAAAGAAGCAGCGACAAUAACAGCAGUAUUUCCUUCACCAAAUGAUGUCAUGUCAAUAUUGGUUCAGCGGGUUCUGGAAGACCGUGUUCCUAAACUUCUUGAGAAGUUAUUGGUAAAACCGACUCUGCUUAAUCCACCCCCCAUGGAAGAAGGUGGACUUAUUUUAUAUCUUAGAAUGUUGGCAGUGGCAUAUGAGAAGACACAGGAUCUUGCUAAAGAUCUUCGCAGUGUGGGGUGCGGCGACUUGGAUGUUGAAGGCUUAACAGAGUCUCUGUUUCUUCCACACAAAGAUAUAUAUAUAGAAUAUGAGCAAGCUUCUCUCAGGCAACUGUAUAAAUCAAAGAUGGAUGAACUGCGGGCUGAAAGUCAGCAGUCGUCUGACUCUACUGGAAGCAUAGGACGUGCAAAAGGAGCUUCCAUGACAUCAUCCCAGCAGCAGAUAUCUGUGACUGUUGUGACUGAAUUUGUACGCUGGAAUGAAGAAGCUAUAUCAAGGUCCACUUUGUUUUCAUCACAGCCUGCCACACUUGCUGCCAACGUGCGGGCUGUUUUCACUUGCCUCUUGGACCAGGUCAGUCUAUAUAUUACAGAAGGACUUGAACGAGCUCGCGAUAGCUUGACCGAAGCUGCUGCAUUGAGGGAACGGUUUGUCUUGGGAACCAGUAUGAGUCGAAGAGUUGCAGCUGCUGCUGCUUCAGCUGCAGAAGCUGCUGCCGCAGCUGGUGAAAGCAGUUUUAGAUCCUUCAUGGUUGCUGUACAGCGUUGUGGGAGUAGUGUGGCUAUUGUCCAGCAAUACUUUGCGAACUCUAUUUCCCGACUUCUACUACCUGUGGAUGGUGCGCAUGCUGCUUCCUGUGAAGAAAUGGCGACAGCAAUGUCCAGUGCAGAAGGUGCUGCUUACAAGGGGCUUCAGCAGUGCAUUGAAACAGUGAUGGCCGAGGUUGAACGUUUACUAUCAGCUGAACAAAAAGCAACAGAUUAUCGGUCUCCUGAUGACGGCAUGGCUCCUGAUCACCGACCAACGAAUGCCUGCACAAGGGUUGUUGCUUAUCUAUCACGGGUGCUUGAGUCUGCAUUCACAGCUCUUGAAGGUCUUAACAAACAAGCAUUCCUGACUGAACUGGGAAACCGCUUGCACAAGGGGCUGUUGAAUCAUUGGCAGAAGUUCACCUUCAAUCCAAGUGGAGGGCUGAGGCUUAAGCGUGAUAUAACAGAGUAUGGAGAGUUUGUUCGCAGCUUCAAUGCUCCCACAGUGGAUGAGAAGUUUGAGAUGUUGGGCAUCUUGGCCAAUGUCUUUAUUGUUGCUCCCGAAAGUCUGUCAACUCUUUUUGAGGGAACACCGAGCAUCCGGAAAGAUGCACAAAGGUUUAUUCAACUCAGAGAUGACUACAAGAGCGCAAAACUUGCAGCUCGGCUCAGUUCUUUGUGGGCUAGCUCAAGCUGAGAUACACGUGAGCAAGUUCACUAGUUCAUACGAAACUGUUAGUAAAAACAAACUCGCCGUUUGUUUUUAUGUCCUUAGAAAUUGCUUAUUCAUGUUAUAAAAUUCUUUGUAUGUAUCUACACAUUUGACCUGUGGAUUGUAUCUCUUUAAAUUGAUAUGUGGGCUUGUAUUUAUGUAUUUGGUUUUGAAUCUCAUUAAUGAGAUGGAUACCUUCAUUUUUAUACCAAUUGACUAUAUUUUACGAACUUGUUUGAAUGCUAUGGCGUCAUGAAUCUACAUCCUUUGAAUAUGGUGCUGUUACGCGGCCUAACAGUUAC